UAUGGGCCUAGAGAUCGGAAACAACAAGGCGGCUGCCGGAAAUCCAUAUGAGACAUCUCCAUCACCAUCACCAUCACCAUCAUCACCGGAGUUCAGCCCGCACCACCGGUACCACCAGCUGCUCAAGCAAACUCCUAAAAUGGUGAUAAUCUUUGCCGUGGUGGCACUUUCAUGUUUGGUUGUUUACCACUCAUCUGAUACCUCUCCAUUUUCCGGCGACUACUACUCUUUCGCCGCGGGUACAUUCCUAGCUGAUUCAGUAAGCAUAUGUAGUAAUUCAUUUAAUUAUUCUUUUUUUUUUAUCAUUUUUAUUUGUCUUUGCACAAUACUUUACUUUGAUUGGGAUCGAGGUUUAUACGCAAGUGAUAUUGAUCUCGAUGAGUUGAAAUUCAUAUUAAAAAAUGCUACAAUGAGCAAUAACACAGUUAUCAUCACAACUCUGAAUGAUGCAUGGGCUGAACCGAACUCUAUGUUCGAUCUGCUUUUGGAGAGCUUUCAUAUCGGAAAUCAAACAAAGAAGUUUUUGAAACACCUAGUUGUUGUAACUUUGGACCAAAAGGCGUAUGCUCGUUGCUUGACGUUACAUCCGCAUUGUUACAAUCUUAGCACUCGUGGAACGGAUUUCUCCGAAGAGGCAUAUUAUAUGACACAAGAUUAUUUGAAGAUGAUGUGGAGAAGAAUUGAUUUUCUACGAAACGUUCUUGAUUUAGGGUAUAACUUCGUUUUCACGGAUGCUGACAUAAUGUGGUUUAGAGACCCAUUUCCAAAGUUUUAUAUGGAGGCUGAUUUCCAAAUUGCCAGUGAUUAUUUUAAUGGUAACCCAUUAGACUUAAAAAACAAACCAAAUGGAGGUUUUAAUUAUGUAAAAUCAAAUAACAAAACCAUUCAAUUUUAUAAAUUUUGGUAUAACUCAAGGCUAAUUUAUCCACGCCUACAUGAUCAAGAUGUGUUCAACAAAAUCAAGUUUAGUCCUUUUAUAAAAGAUGUUGGAUUACGAAUUCGGUUCCUGGAUACCGGUUACUUUGGAGGGUUUUGUCAGCCAAGCAAAGAUCUCAACAAAGUAUGCACAAUGCAUGCCAAUUGUUGUGUUGGCUUGGAGAACAAGGUUCAUGAUCUUGGAAUCAUGCUCGAUGACUGGCGAAAAUAUAAAAGUUCGCUUGUGAAUCGUACGUCGACACAUGAGUAUGCAGGUUCAUGGACAGUUCCUCAACUUUGCAGAGCUAAAGGUUUCUUAGCUCACGAGUGUCUUUCGGGUGACCAUUUCCGGUCACCACCAGUCCCGUAUAACCUUCUACUCCUUAAACCCAUUCUAGAUCUGCCCAAACACACACACCACUCCAGUCCACUUCAGAUCUGCUCAAACACCCAAAAACCGUACCACGAACCACCGCCACACGCGCUCCCACGCGCCACCACUCUCCGUCGUCUGUCCUCCACGCGCCGGCGCAUGAAGGCGCGUGGCUCCGCCACCAGUCGUCGUCUUCUUUUCAGUGCAGUCGGAAUUCCUUCCCCGUCAGUUCCGUCCGGUUAG